CGUUGUCCCAUAAACAUAUCCCAGAGUGAUAACUGGUUCGACGUCUGGGGACUGGGAACCCUGGUCACCGUUACAUCAGAUAUCAGCCCAGUGUCUCCUACUCUGUUCCCUCUCCUGUCCUGCUGUGACGGCCACGGCACAGAGCCCAAGGAAAGCAUAACCUUUGCCUGCCUCCUUAGCAUAUCUUAUCCCACACAGUCAGAGAUCCAAUGGGAACCUAACGGCCAUAAGAAAACAUCCUUUCCACCAAUCAGCCACGGAACGGAACAAUUAAGCACCAGCCAGCUCACAGUCCCCUUUUCUGAAUUUGUAAAAACCCGUUACAAAUGUAUUCUAAAGCUCUCAACUGAUCCACAGCGAGGAGAACCUCCUUCCGCAAUCAUUGACUACAAAGCCUGCAACUUGACAGAGGCCAAACCGAUCCAAGGUCAGAUCAUUUCUCCCAACUGCAAUGAACACACCACAGAGACCACCUUGGAACUGGUCUGUCUCCUUCAUAGUCUCGGUCCUGGAAAAGCCAAUGUGCAGUGGUUGAAGAACGGAAAGAUGGAACAAAAGCAAGUCCAGGUGAUACUGACGGAAAAAGGAGACAAAGAGAAUGGACACAUUGGCUUUGCUCGCCAGGAGAUCAGCAAAGCAAGCUGGGAUAAAGGAGACGAGUACACGUGUAAAGUGACGCCCCAGCGAAGCAACCAGAAUGUAACCAUGUACACCACCAGCAAGUGCACAGCCUGCUACGGUUUAAGGCAACAACCUACCGUCUCCGUCACCAAGCCGGCUUACAGAGACCUUCUCGAGAAGACAGCCAAAGUCACCUGCACGGCCAUUGGUUUGAACCUCAAAAACACAAAGAUCACAUGGCAGGUGGAUGGCCAGCCUAGCGCUGAUGUCCCGGACAACAUGGCCCAACCCAAUGCCAUUGAAGGUCCCAACGUGACCAGUUCUCACCCAGUCUCUUUGGCACAGUGGAAGAAAGGCACCACCUUCACCUGCAAAGUAGCCGGUGGUUGCUAUGAAGACGUCAUCCAAGCAGUGGAAGUCAAGAAGGAAACCGAGGCCCCUGAGAAGCCUUCCAUCACCCUUGCUCGAGCCUCUCUCGGCGUCUCCCUUGAAAAUAGCACCGCCCUGAUCCUUGUCUGUGAUGUGAUCGGUUUCUUCCCAAGAGAAAUUAGCAUCUCAUGGAGGAAGGAUGGUGUACCCCUAAACGAGACACUGUAUGAGAAUGGGGUUGUGACCGCGGCCACCAGGAAUUUAUUCAAGACUUACAGCAUCCUGAAAUUGGGCAGAGAGGAAGCAGGAGGGAAGGGUGGCCGUUACAGCUGUGUGGUCUACCAUUCCUCCUCUGAUACAGAAAUCAUUGCCAGUGAAAAUGUUUCCUUUGCCUGCUACGGUUUAAGGCAACAACCUACCGUCUCCGUCACCAAGCCGGCUUACAGAGACCUUCUCGAGAAGACAGCCAAAGUCACCUGCACGGCCAUUGGUUUGAACCUCAAAAACACAAAGAUCACAUGGCAGGUGGAUGGCCAGCCUAGCGCUGAUGUCCCGGACAACAUGGCCCAACCCAAUGCCAUUGAAGGUCCCAACGUGACCAGUUCUCACCCAGUCUCUUUGGCACAGUGGAAGAAAGGCACCACCUUCACCUGCAAAGUAGCCGGUGGUUGCUAUGAAGACGUCAUCCAAGCAGUGGAAGUCAAGAAGGAAACCGAGGCCCCUGAGAAGCCUUCCAUCACCCUUGCUCGAGCCUCCCUCGGCGUCUCCCUUGAAAACAGCACCGCCCUGAUCUUUGUCUGUGAUGUGAUCGGUUUCUUCCCAAGAGAAAUUAGCAUCUCAUGGAGGAAGGAUGGUGUACCCCUAAACGAGACACUGUAUGAGAAUGGGGUUGUGACCGCGGCCACCAGGAAUUUAUUCAAGACUUACAGCAUCCUGAAAUUGGGCAGAGAGGAAGCAGGAGGGAAGGGUGGCCGUUACAGCUGUGUGGUCUACCAUUCCUCCUCUGAUACAGAAAUCAUUGCCAGUGAAAAUGUUUCCUUUGAUUUUCUGGCACCGUCUCCCCCACAAGUGAUGGUCUUCCUCAACUCAGAGAACAAAGAACACCAGACGCUUAUCUGCUUUGCUACCAACUUCUAUCCAAAAGAGAUAGACAUUCGGUGGAACAUCAAAGGGCGUGACCUCAGCUGCAUUUCAGAUUCUUCCACGGCGGUGUCUCUCGUGGAUGGAAAGUUCCAGAAGAACUGCAGUGUGGUCCUUAGUGGAGAAGAAUGGAGCAAGCUGGAAAUGUAUACAUGCACCGUAAACCAUAGUUCAACCAAUGUCUUGAUUAAGAAGAACAUGCAUUUUUCCAGGGCAUCUUAUUGUGCAGGAAUGGUCCCGACUCUUAACAAUACAAGAGAUAUCGAUAUGCAGUUACCAUCCUUCGAAGAGCUCUUCGUGAACAAAAGCGCCACUCUAACUUGCAUGGUGCCCCUCAUGAAUAUAACCCCCAGUUCGACAUUCAGUUGGACAAUGGAUGGACAGCCCGCUGACAGGAAUGCUGUAACCACCAGCAUGUUGAAUGAAACCAACAGCACAGCUUGGAUCUACAGUCAACUGCAGGUGAACCUGACUGAAUGGAGAACCACCAUGGAAUUCAACUGCAGCAUCCCUAACAGCCCAGGAGAGACCAAGCAGCGAAUUUACAGAAGGAACGGUAUUAUGCGGCCCCCAAAGGUCUCGCUCCAGCACUACUCGUCCAAUGAAGACCUAAAUGUCACCCUCCUGUGCAUGGCCAAAGACUUCUACCCAGGAGAGAUCUUUCUCAAGUGGGAGGAGGAGAACCAAGAGCUGUCCUUGAAAGGUUAUGAUGUCAAAGACCUGAAAUGCAAUCAUGAACAACAAAGAUGCUCCUUAAUGAGCAUCCUCGAAGUUCCCACAAGCCACUGGAUGACGGGAAUGUCCUACACCUGCCUGGUAGCCCACAUCUCCUCCGAAAACAUCAUAACUAGAAGAGUCCAUUCUCUUUCCGAUCCCUGGGACUGCACCCUCAUGGGCGUAGCCUUGCGCGACCUUCACAAUGAAAACCCAGAUGAGGGCAGUGAACUGGAGGAAGCCAACACCGUCUGGAAUAAAGUCUCCACGUUUAUGGUCCUCUUUGUUGCCGCACUCUCAUAUGCUGGCCUUGUCACUUUCCUCAAGGUAAAAUAACCGUCAUUUGUUCCCCACAAUGAAGUAUACGUAGAAUGGAGACCCACAUUUUCUUUCCAUUUCAAAUUUCUCUACAAUUUCUCCCCUGUAAUAUCUGUCUGUUAGCAUUUUCCAUAACUCAGAAGGAAAGACACAACAAAGGAUUAAUGACAGCAAGCAUUAACGUUCAUGCGCCACCAUUUGCACUGGCAAAUCUCUGAAGAAAAUCACCUCAGUUUCUACACCCUGAACCUCAUCCCGAAGGCCACAAAUAUUAACUUGCUUACUAUGGACCCACAAAUAGAAGGUUGCGAAGACAAAGGAACUGAAUAAAAGAGCAUAUUUCAACAAAAUAAGAAGACACUAUGGAAAAUUGCACCAGUUCAUGUGUAGAUAGAAAAGCAAAUAACUCCUCUGUACAACUGUCAAGCUGAGGAAAACUUGAAUAUGAACAGGAAUUCCCAAAUGACUAAAAAUCUGUCAAAGAUCCAAAGUAAUCUCCUUGUUAUAUCAUUGUAUUAAAUUCCAGAAGACCCAAAGCUUUGCAGUAAAAUGUUGCUUCAUGUAACUUCAUGACCUCACAAGUAAUGCUGUAUGUAGUUACUAAUAAAAGUUACAAUGAAAGGAA